GUGUAGUUUCUGGUGCCCUGGGAGAGGGUUGACCUACUGAAAGACGGUUUAACGGACGGAGCGCGAGCGGAUGAUUUGAACUAAGUGGAAUUCGAGCGGGAUGUGAUGGUGGACAGGCGGCGUGUAUUUGAACAAAAGGUGUUGAAGAAACUAUAUUCUUCACCACCUCCUGAAAGGAAAAUACCGGAAGCCCUGACAACAACCUUUAGGGCAGAAAAAGAACAGGAUAAGGAAAGAAGCAAAAGUACUGGUGAUUCAAAAGGCAAUGCACAAAUUAGGCCCGUAAACCAGAAAGUCUAUACAGUGAGCCUGCCGCCUUCUGGGAAUGAAGUGUGCUCAACUAGAUUAAAUGAACAGCAUGAAUGUCAAGAUUCAAGUGAAGAAUCGGAAGAAGAAGAUUUUUCACAAAAAUUUCCAAGAAAACGUAAGAGAAGAAGAAAACUCAAUAGCUCAUUGCUUGACCACAUCAAGAAAAAUGUGCCCUCUGUGCUUCAACAGCCAGAAGAUGUAAAAAACGGCAUCUUGAACACCCUGCAUUUAGAUUCUGCAAAGUCUGGAGCAGAAGCAUUAACCAAAAACAGGAAAAGAAAAUUGAAAAAGAAACGACACAAAGAAAGGUUGAAGGCUGCUGGGCUGGCACCCCGAGCCACAGCUGUAGAAUUCAUGUAUCAACCAGCAGAGGGCAGCAGUGAAGAAGAUGCUGCUGAGAGUGAAGAAAGUUUGAGAUUAUUAAGUUCUUAAAUGCAGUGUACGAAUUGUUUCGGUGAUGGUGCUUUACUGCCAUUCCUUAACAUAAUAACCUGGAAUGCCAUCUUUCCUGGCAUUUAUUGCCCCUGCCCUCCUAAAACCUAUUUUUUUUUUAAAUCUGGCUUCUCCUUUAAGUUUGAUGAGAUGGAUCUACUGUAAUGAGAGUUCAGUCAGCAACUUAAAAGAAAGUUGCAGCCUAACUGGAUGCUUUUUAUAAAACAAAGUUUCUUUUGUCUUCAGAUUUAUGCUUUUCUUUAAGUUGAAAGCAAAAUGAUUUAAUAUUGUGAGUACCUUUUUUGUUCAGUUGCUUGAGAAAAUGUCCAUUUUCUUAAACACAUAAAUGUCUGGCUUCCAGCUGUCAAAUUAAGUCUUUGCUGUAUCUGAACUUGUUUGUAAUAAUCUUAGCAGCCUAUAAAGGUACAAAGUGUUCCUCUGACAUAUGAAAUAAAAAACAGCAUUAUGUUAACUAGGUUAAAUGAACAUUGGAACAAUUAUAACACUGUGAAAUCAUUCAUUUAAUGUACAGAAUGUGUUAUAAUGCUGAAUCUGUUCCUCCACCUGACAUGAAUAUCACCAAAUCAAGAAGUAACCACCAAAGUCAAAGUUAUUGGAGAAAAAAUAUUUUUUUUUAGAAAAUUCAGUGGCUCUUUUGGGAAUGCAAAAGGAUGAUGUGGCUUUUUUUCUCUUAGUUCUUUAUUGCUAUCAUUCCAGAAUCAGUGGCUGGGACUUUUAUACUUAUUUUCAUUGAUUAUACAGACAACGAACAAGUGACCAGCUUGAGAUUGGAAACCAAAUUUGAGCUAUUGUGAAUCAGAGCCCAUGCCUAUUGUCUUGUGUGUCUAGAAACUACAGAAUUAUUGUCUUGAUGUUAAGGAAGCAUUGUUUUGAUGAUGUACAGUGGAUGAUGCCUUUUUAUAUUAAAAGAAAGUACCAAUUAUUUAUGUUCCAACUUCCAAAAUUGCUCAAUUUUAUUUACUCUAAAACUGGCACUGUACUUUUGAUCUUGGAAAUUACGAAUGAAGUUCUGCAGAAUUUUGAAUAGGGAAUUAUGUCAUUUUCUCAUAUUCUACAUCUUGGUUGUUGUUUUACACAAUGUUAACAGAUUUAUAAUUGCUUUGAAGGAAUUCAAGGUAAUUGCUGUGAUGACUCCUGGUCUGUACUUGCCGCUUUCAGUAAUUCAAAGUGUUUGAAGAAUAUUUAAGGAACAGUGGAUUCUAAUAAAUGAACUUUGAAUGGUU